UCGUUAAGCGAGUCGGAUUGAGGAAGGGGGAGGGAUAAAAUAAAAUCCCGCGUUGCGCAAGAUUUGACGAGGGUUUAUUAUCGUUAUGAGUGCGCGUUCUUAGGUUGUAGAAAUGUCAGAUACCGUCCCAUAUACCAGCCAGCCUCUAGGAACUGGAUCAAGGCCAACUCUUACACAAAUCUCCCACCGAAAUUCGACUAAAUCGUCCCUCCGCUUUCUCCUCGGCUCACCAUGGAAACCCACCGCUACGAAAAAGGAGGAACGAAAAGAAGGAAGAGAAAUUCCACGAAGUGGCAAAGGUAGAAACGAGUCCUCGCCGUCCAGUUGCCCGCCGUUUAAACGAUCUCUUAAUUACUCGGACACGAUUGAAAACGAUCUCGCGAGCAUCCUUUACGGGCCGACACCCGUGUACCUCGUAGACGAGAGGGGAAAGAACAAGUGGACAGGGGUCCAAUUUCGGCGAAGCAGCAAUUACAAGGAGAACGUCGCCGGCCAAUUGGCCCCCUUUUCUUCAUUUUCUCUGCCCCCUAUUCGACCGCCAUCUCGUCCACCAUCUUAUCGUGAUUAUCGCGACCAUCGACACGAGUGUGGUAUACAUCUCUGCUUUCAGUGUGACGCAAGGCCAAGAGUCGUUUCGGCCCAGCUUUCCAUCUCGACGCUUCUUCGUCCCGGAGGCGUUCUAUCGGCCCGUCACGGUUCUCACGAUCUCGAUCGCGCCGAAAAUGGCGAGCGUUGGCCCCACGAAAAAAAUCAAUUAAUCUCAAUCGAGGCGACCGUGCGCGCGCGGAAGGGUAAUUUCCAAUUUGUCGCGGCCCCGAAACCACGAGCGAGGCCCCCGGGUGUGAGAACGUGGUGGGAGAAAGCCUCCGGUGAUCCCGCGCGACCGGAGAAAGUAUUUUUUCUCCCGGAUAAGAACAUCGCGGGCCGCAUUGUGACGAACGACGAACAAGUGGUUAAGUGUUCUUCGAAGAAUUUGGAACAAUUUUUUUCAAAAAGUUGAAUCUUCGUUUUUUGUAAUAUUGUA